GGUAGGUUGAGUUUGACUGUGUUUUGGAAGGAUUGGAAGUAUACCGAGUAUACCAAAAAUAAUCCUGGAAGGAACGGAAGAGCAAUGUCCCUAUCACAGAUCGUCGAUCAGCUUUGUCGCAUCUGCUCUAAAAGCUCUACAAAUCUCAUUUCCCUUAAUGAAAUCGUAAAUGGUAGAACACUAACUGAAAUGUUACUUAACUGUGUCACAAUAGAGGUUUUUGAAGGCGAUAACCUACCAUUCCACUGUUGUUUAGAUUGCAAAUUUGAUCUUAUUGUAGCAUAUCACUUGGUGAUACGUUGCAAGGAAUCUGAUAUUUUGUUUCGAAGUCAGCUUACCGAUAGUAAAGAUGCCAUACUACUACUAUCACAUGAAAUUAACAAUGCGACAAAUUCCAAUCAAUUUAAAGCAGAAUUCAAGACAGAAAAUGAAUGUGUAUUUGCAGAACCGAUAUGCGAUCUGUAUGUAUCAAACGAUGAACAACCGAACAUUUUACUACGUAAUGAAAGCGAAAGUUUUAAUAACGUUGAUGACGCCAACCACGAUAAUAAAAUCGGCGGAGGAUACAUACAAGAGAAUACUAGGGAAGAUGGUAAUGAAACAAAUCCAGAGAGCACUGCAGAUGAUAGCGAUGCGGAUGAAAUUGUAAACGAGAGGAAGCAUAGUGAGUAUGUGAAAGCGGAAUCCUCGUCUUCUCCCAAACGAUGCUGCAAAUGUAAGACGCGGUUGGAAAAUACAGAGCAAGUUGAGCAACAUUCUAAAAUACAUAUAGAAUCAAAAAUUACCGACGAGCAAAUAACUAAAGCUAGACCGUUUGAAUGUCCAGUUUGCUUUAAACGGUAUACUAGAAAGCGAGAUCUACUCCAUCAUCAACGAGAAAUGUACAUCGAGAAAAAAUUUCAAUGUGAUGAGUGUGAUGACGAUUUUCUCACAGAAGCUCAGCUAGUGAAUCACAAAAAAUCCCACGAUAAAGAUAAUAUAGGCAAUAAGAUUAAGCUUCCGAAAUGCUGUGCUUGUUAUCAACAGUUUGAGUCUGUAGAUUUGUUGAGAAAACAUGCUGACGAAAUUCAUCUUCCAGAGAGCCAAACUUCAACAAACGACCAUGAAAAUAAAUUUAGUUGUGACAUCUGUCACCGUAGAUUUAAAACGAAACGGACAUUGUUGACACACAAAUCGAAGCCAAAUCGUGGCGUGGAAUACCAGUGUGCUCAAUGUGGGAAAAUAUUGCGGUACAAACGCGCCCUGUCCGAUCACGAGCGUUUUCACCACGGGAAUGAAAGACCUUACGUCUGUUCGAUUUGUACGAAAGCAUUCGCCGGAAAGGAAGCUCUUCAAAGACAUAUGAAAGUGCAUUCGAAGGAAGAUCGUUUCAAAUGCGAAAUUUGUAACAAAGGGUUCAAGUUGAAAUAUUACCUGAAAAAUCACUAUAUAACGCACAAUCCGGAUUACCGACCCAUAAGUUGCAGUCUUUGCUCAGCGACUUUCACUCGAAAAAUAUCUCUCAAAUCCCACAUGAAGAUGCACACCGGCGACAGGCCAUACAAGUGCGAUAUAUGCGAUGCAAGUUAUCCAUUUUCGAGCGACCUGAAACGGCACAUUAUGGCGCAUAAGGGUAUAAAACCUUAUAUCUGCAAUAUAUGCGGGAGGGGAUACCCAAGACCGGACUAUCUGCGUAGACAUUUGGCUUCGCAUGGUGUAAACACCUUUUGUUUGGUUGAAAUUGAAUGUGUUUGGAAGGAUUGGAAGUAUACCAGAAACAAUCCUGGAAGGAACGGAAGUGCAAUGUCCCUAUUACAGAUUGUUGAUCAGCUGUGUCGCAUCUGCUCUAAAAGUUCCACAAAAAUCAUUUCCCUCAAUGAAAUUGUAGAUGGGAGAACACUGGUUGAAAUGUUACGUUAUUGUGUCACGGUUGAGGUUUGUGAAGGCGAUGACCUACCAUUCCAAUGUUGUGUAGAUUGCAAGUUCGAUCUAGUUGUAGCGUAUAACUUGGUGACACGUUGCAAGGAAUCUGAUGCUUUGUUUCGAAGUCAGCUUACCGAUAGUAAAGAUGCUUUGCGACUACUAUCGUAUGCAUCUAACAAUGCGACAAAUGUCAGUCAACUAAAAACAGAAUUCAAGACGGAAAAUGAAUGUGUAUAUGCAGAACCUAUAUGCGGUCUGUAUGUAUCAAACGAUGAACCAACAAACAAGUUAGUACGUGAGGAAAGUAGAAGUUCAUUAAAUUUUAAGAACGAUGAUGAAAUCGGCGUGGGCUGUAUGCAAGAGGAUGAUAGGGAAGAUGAUAAUGAAUCAAAUCUUGAAAGCAAUGUGGAUGACAGCGAUGUGGACGGAAUUGUAUACGAGAGGAAGCUUAGUGAGUAUGUGAGAGAGGAAUCCUCGUCUUCUCCCAAACGAUGCUGCAAAUGUAAGACUCGAUUGGAAAGUAUAGAGCAGGUUGAGCAGCAUUCUAAAAUUCAUAUAGAGUCAAGAAUUACCGACGAACAAAUAAUUAUUGCUAGACCGUUUGAAUGCCCGGUUUGCUUUAAACGGUAUACUAGGAAGCGAGCUCUACUCUUUCAUCAACGAGAAAUGUACAUCGAGAAAAAAUUUCAAUGUGAUGAGUGUAAUGACGAUUUCCUCACAGAAGCUCAACUAGUGAAUCACAAAAAAUCCCACGAUAGAGAUAAGAUGAAGCUUCCGAAAUGCUGUGCUUGUUAUCAACAGUUUGAGUCUGUAGAAUUGUUGAGAAAACAUGCUGACGAAAUUCAUCUUCCAGAAAGCCAAACUUCCGCAAACGAUAAUGUAAAUAAAUUUAUUUGUGAUAUCUGUCACCGCAGAUUUAAAUCGAGGCGGACAUUGUUGAUACACAAAUCGAGACCAAAUCGUGCCGUGGAAUACCAGUGUGCUCAGUGUGGGAAAAUAUUACGGAACAAACGCGCCCUGUCCGAUCACGAGCAAUGUCACCAAGGAGAAAGACCUCAUGUCUGUUCGAUUUGUACGAAAACAUACGCCGGACUGGAAACGUAUCGAAAACAUAUGAAAUUGCACUCGAUAGAACAGGAUCGUUUCAAAUGUGAAGUUUGUGGCAAAGGGUUCAAGACGUCAACGUACCUGAAAUGUCACUAUAUUACUCAUAAUCCGGAUUAUCGACCUUUAAACUGUAGUCUGUGCUCGGCGACUUUCGCUCGAAAUACAUCUCUCAAAUCCCACAUGAAGAUGCACACCGGUGACAGGCCAUUCAAGUGCAAUAUAUGCGAUAGAAGUUAUCCAUUUUCGAACGACCUUAAACGCCACAUUAUGGCACAUAAGGGUAUAAAACCGCACAUCUGCAAUAUAUGCGGGAAGGGAUACCCAAGACUGGACUACCUGCGUAAACAUGUGGCAUCGCAUGAUACAAACAAUUGAACAAAAAUUCUUACUGUCGUAUCAAUAAAGAAAUUUUUCAUCCGCUAAGAA